UGCUUUGCGUUCGAUCUAAAAUUCCUCCACACUUCCAAACCAAACCAAACCAAACCAAAAUCCCUUCUACCCCCAAAAUCUGAAGAUAAAAAUAUCCCUAAGCCCAGUAGAAAAUCGAAUUCGUGAUUUCUCUCCAGGAUUCAAGCUCCAAAGCUACAAGAAGGCAAUGCUGAUGAAGAUGUAUUAACGAGAGAUUUUAAUCAAUCAGAGUGGAUCAAAAUCAGAUGGACAAAAAUAAUAAGAACAGGACCGAUCUACUCGCCGCCGGCCGUAAAAAGCUACAACAAUUCAGGCAGAAGAAAGAUGGUAAAGGGGGUAAAUCGUCUGGUAAGUCCAGCAAACCUGGACGUGAUGCAAACAGUGAUGCUGCAAAAUCUACAGCAACAUCUGACAAAGUUCUUGAUGAAGAAUUGUCAGUGUCUGAUGCUGGUGAAGUUAUUACUUCAUCGGAGUUGAAUCCUUUAAAUGAUCCGGUAGUGGUUGAUGAUAAUGUUUCUAUUGUUGAUCUGUCAUUGAAAGAUGGUGCUGGUGAAACAACUUUAGAAUUGGCAGAUGAGAAGCUGAGAUUGGAGGAUUCUAAACGUGAUGUUGAAGAUGCCAAAGUAUCAGUUCCAUUUGAAGGUGGAGGUGUUACUGAUGGCCAUGCAAAUGUUGAAUUUGUUGAUUCAAGAAGUUUGGGUAUUUUUGUAUCCGAUGAGAAAUCUACAUCCUGUAAAAUGCAAGGGCCUGUUGAUUUGUCAUCUGAAGUAGAGAGGAACGAGGAAGAGCAGGAAGCUGGCAGUUCAGUUUCAAAGAAAACUGAUCCAGGUAGUGAGAUAUGGACUCAAAGAGUGGUUCCUGAUGCUGUAGUACAUGAAACUGAUCGAAGCACCCAACCAGAUGAUGUUGUUGCAAGUCCAAAUGUUCAAGAUGGGCAGAUCAGUGAUGCUUUUGGUUCAUCAAGUGAAAGUGCUCAAGUAGACAACAUUUACAAACAGGAUGCUGCAGAGGUUCUUCUCGGGUUCGAGGAUGAUGGCUUGGCAACUUCUUUCAGGAACAAUAUGCUGAAAUUGCCUUCUAGAUCAGAUGCAUGCUCAAUUAGCCUCUCACAACUUCAAGAGGUGAUGAACGGGCUUGAGAAUGAUCAAUUCAGAUUUGUGUUUUGUUCAAGAGAAUCUCUAUUUGAGAAGUUGACAAUUUCUCUGGGUUUGAAUGGUUCAGAAUUCUUUAGUUUUGUUGAAAAACUCAAACAAGAGUUGUAUCUUUCGAGUUUUGCAAGAGAUGCAAGUCAAAUGCAACUUUGUGAGCAGUUGGAACUUGAAAUGCAACUUCAUAAUCAAUUUGAGAAGCUGGUUGAUGAAUUAUCUGUAUCCAGUACUACAAUUCGUGAAGUUCAAGGACAGAAUGCAAUCCUUUCUGAAGAGCUGAAACAGUGUCGAUCUGAAUGUCACGAGUUUAGUUCUGAAAGGGAGAAACUCAGUCAACAAUUGCAUGCUUCAAAGGCUGAAGUUGAGGAAUUUUCAGCCCGAGUUGAUAACUUGCAGAAUAGGUUGGAAAUUUCAGGAGGCAAUAUGUCAAGCCUGGCAUCAGAGUUAGCUGACGGCAGGAAUUUAGUGGCAUCUUUGCAAGUCCAAAAUGAAAAUUUAAAUGGGAUGCUUAGUUUGGUGAUGGAGGAGAAAAUGAAAGUUGUUGAAGAUAAGGAGAAUUUCUUACAAGAGAAUAACAAGAUGGCAGCAGAGUUGGCCCAGAGCAAAGCUUCAUUGGCAUCACUGCAAUUGGCAAAUGUCAACUUAAGUGAGUGUCUUGCAUCAAUAAAAGAGGAGACGAGAAAGUUUGAUGAGGAAAAGGAGUUUCUUGCCUGUGAAAAUGGUAAAUUGCUCUCAGACUUGUCAGAUUCCAAUGCCUUGGUUCAGUCUCUGCAAGCUGAAAAUGCAAGUUUGAGUGGCCUCCUUGCUGCUUUAGAGGAUGAGAAAAGAAAGCUACAUGUGGCACAAGAAUAUUUGGUCCAGGAGAACGAGAAGCUAGCAUUGAAUAUUGUUGACAGCAGGAUUCUAGUAGAUGGCCUUCAGAUGGAGUUGUCAGACAUAACUGGAAGUCUUGCAUCAUUGAUUGAGGAGAGGAACAAGCUUGAGGAAGAGAAGCAACAUCUUUCAAGCAAGAAUGAGAGUGGAUCACGUGAGCUGCUGGAGUCUAAGAGUGUAUUAGCAGGCUUGCAGAUAGAAUUCAGCAAGGCCAUAAGAGACCUAGAAGAAGCGAACUUGCAUGUUGAAAAACUCAGCCAGGAAAAUGUACUUUUGAGAACAAAUAUUGAGCUGCAUAUUGCUGAGAUGUCUAGUCCUGAGGAUACUGCUUAUCAAGUAAAAGAUACCGGUGGACAGAUCAUAGCUAGUGAUGAUAUUUCAUCUCAAAUUCCAAGGACUGAAGAAAGUCAAACUGCAAUCUCAGAGUUCAGAAGGACCUCAUCUGAAAGUGCUCCUCAUGGAUCACUUCCUAGACAGAUUGUUAUGGGUGAUCCUGAUGUGUCAUCGGGGUCAGCAUUUUGGAAAAUGCACCUGGAGGCAAAUGAAGUACUGCAAAAACUUGAGAAUGCAAUUGAAGGCAUGCACUCAAUUUUGGCUUCCUUAAGUAGUUCAAGCGGUAAAUAUGUUCAGUCAGGAGUAUCAAAACUUAUUCAAGCUUUUGAAACAAAAACUCAUGCUGAUGACGAUGAAAUAGAUGAAGUGCCAUCAUCUGAAAGUGCAGAAACUAGGCAUCUAUUCAUGCAAGCUAAACAACAAACAAAAAGCCUGCAAGUUGUUCUUAAGCAGAUGCUUCUGCUAGCUGAAAGUGCCAGUAAAUCUUUUGAAGGCGAGAGAAAGAGUAGAAUCGCUCUUUUAGUUUCAAUAGAGAAGUGA